AUGCAGUCACAUUUACGCAAUGACGAUGUAAAAUUAGAUACAUUGAGUGAACCCAACGCUUCUUUAAUCGGGGAGAAUAUCACUCUUCCAAAAGAUAGUUUUAACUCAUACCUAUAUUAUCUUCUUUACGAAAUGGCACACUAUAAACCAACUAUCGUUUGCUUCCUAGUCACGGUGAUAUCAAUUUUAAUGAUCGUUGUUUUUCAUAAUAUCCUCCUUUGUGAUAUUGCUUUUGGUCUGCUAAAUUUGAGUUUCUUUGUUUAUGCGCUUAUAGAAUUCAAUGACAGUGUCUCUGAUGAAGAGUUCAAAAUUAAGCUUUUGUUGGAGGUUAUCACACGUAAGCCAGCGGUGAAGGGGAAAGAAUGGAGAAUAAUCACGUAUAAUAUGAACCAACAUUUGUUUGAUAAUGGACUAUGGAACACUCCGUACUAUUUCUAUUGCGAUCAAAGUUGCUAUGGCUUCUUUAGACACCUUAUCAAAGGGAAAAAUCCGGGUGCAAAUUCAAGUUCUUCCGCCAACGAAGUUGAAAAUACACAGUCAGACGCACCAGCAACCCAGCCUUCAAAUGAGGUAGCAAAAUCUUAUCACUUCACUUUUGGCCCAAUCUUGGAAGCUGACCCAAUCUUGGAAGCUUACUGCCUCAAAGCAGCAGAAGCAGAAAAACAGGCGCAGUGUGAAUACUGGAGGAAGCAAUAUCCCGAUGCCGAUAUACUUUGA